GGGAAUCACUACAAGAGCCCGUGGGCUUUAAAAGUGCAAUUCGUAGGCUUGUUUGCAUCCGUCCAAUGAAAUCAUUUCAUUUUGGUUUUAAAUAAUGAAAUAUUGGCAGGGUUUUCCAAACCAUCUUGACUUGGGUUGAUAAUUCCAGAAUAUGUCGUGCCAAGAUGAGCUUAAGGCUGUGUAUGGUUUGAAAGAAAAAGGUAGAGAAACCUAUAAAACUGAAGGAAUGUUCUUACCAAAUUUUGUGAAAAGAAUUUUCUCUUUUUCCCUUAUUUUCUAUCGAAUCAAACACAGGUUUAAGUUUAUAAAAUGAAAAUAAAUAAAUGAUUUCAAAAAUAUGCUACUUUAUAAUUUUUUACCGUUGGUCCAAUUGGAAAAAAAUCAUGAACCGGUCCAUCAGGCGGUUUGAUCAUGCCCUAAAAACCGGGGGUGAUAAAAACCGGACAAUUAGUCAAUCCAAUUGGGGAACUGAUGAACCAGUCCCAGUUCCACUCAAUUGUCUUAUUGAUUUUUUUUUUUUUUCAAUCUAUGCAUCCCAAGGCGCCUUGGCCCCCUGUUUCUGCCAAAAAUGCCAUUUUGCCACAAAUAUUAACUUUCAAUAUAAAAAUUAAAAUUAAAACCAAACGUAUGCGUUAUAGCAAAAUAGAAUUAUAUAUUAUAAAUAUUAUAUAUCAUGAUGUCAUGGGUUGACUAAUUCGGGUUCGCAUCCGCCCCCCAAAAACGUUCCACGCGCGUGAGUGAGCCGCGUGUCUUCUUACACACGGAUUAGAGGGACUCGUGAGCUAACCGUGUUUCCUCUCGCCCAAAAGGUCAUCUUUCUCUUUUCAGAACACUUCAACCCUUUGAGUUCCGCAGGUCGACGCGCUCACUUCAACCUUCCACCUUCUACUCUCAGAACUGAAAUCCGCCGGAGAUUGUACCCCUUUGAAUUCCGUCGGUCGACGCCGACGACCAUUCUGAAAGCGAAGCAUUUUUAACAGUGAAAAACGACGAAGAAGAUGUCCACUCAAACGCCUUGUUACAGGUCCCCUGUUAUAUCCAUUUCCUCAGUUUUCAUGAACCCAUUUUGCCGUUUGUUUUUCUUGCUUCAAAACCUACAUAAUCAAUCAAAAACAACCAAGUUGUUCAUUGAAAAAAAAAAUAGAUUUUUCUUUCGAGUAGGCGAAGAUAGUUUAAAUUGAUUGAAAGGGCAGUCUUUGAUGCCGUUAUUCUGUGCAAGCCACGCAACACAACUCCCACAUAAUUUGGUAGUGAGAAGAAAGAAUCUCACAUCUAAGCAUGUAAGCGUUCUGCUAUUAUCCAGUAGUAAAUGCUGCCUAGCCGCCUCUUCCAGCAAGGUGGGUCUCUCAGAAAACGCUGCUUCUCUUUCAGGAACUUCUCCAUCGAUCAUGGAGGUCGAAAAGUUGGGGAUUAUAUCCUCUGAAAUAGAGGAAUAUUCAACAGAAUUGGAUGUUGCUGUUAGAAUCGUCCAAAUGGCUUGCUUUCUCUGUCAGAGGGUGCAGGAGAGCUUGAUUCCCAAGGGCAAUAAUCAGGUUAAAUCCAAAGAUGAUAAUUCUCCGGUCACAGUUGCAGGUAGAUUUAUGGUUUUGGUCAAUGGAAGAGACAGAAGUUGCAGAUGUUGCAGCGGUUCUAACUUGUUGGCGUCGACCCGGCGGAAGAAGGGGGCUCUCACUCCGGCAAAGAUGAGAAAAAAAAAACAAAAAAACAUAAAAAAUGAGAAAAACUUACCUCCGGUAAAUAAAUCUAUCGGAGUGAUCGUCGGCGUCAACCGGCGGAAUUCAAAGGAAGCAAUCUCCGGCGAGUUUUUAGAAGAUCGGAUUGAAGUGUUCUGAAAUGAGAAGGGUGACCUUUUUAGGCGAGAGGACACACGGUUAGCUCCGCACGAGUCCCUCAAAUCCGCGUAUAGGAAGACACGAGACGCACUCACAGCGCGUGGGACGUUUUUGGAGGGCAAAGUUUUGUGAGGGGCGGAUGCGAACCCGACUAAUUCGAGCUGAGCAGUUGAACCGCUGACCUGAGACAACAGUGGUUCAUCUUCCCAUAUGGUUCUCUAAACAUUGGUUGCACGUGAAAUGGAUGUGUUGGGUGAUUUUCCUUUUUUUCAAAAAGUAGAUACUAAUUGUAGGAAAUACAACAUUAUUCCUAAUUUGCAUGAACUUAUUUUCUGAAAAGGAGAUUAGCCCUCUUGAAGGGUCAUUGCUUAAUGUAAUGGUAAAAUCUUGAGCUGAUAAAUAAGAGAACGAGUUUUGAGUUGGCA